AUGGGCGGAAAAAGCAGUACCAGCGCACCUUCUCCUCCUCCUAGUCCUCCUGAAAUGGUUACAAUUGCAGUAAUUGAUAUAAAUUGCUUUAGAAUAAGCAAGCAGGUAAAUCAUAAUUGAAAAUUUUCUGCACUAGUUAAAGAAUUAUCUCAGGAAUUCGAUAUAGGCAGUCAUGACUUAACCAUUAUGUUCCAAGGUCAGGCUAUAUAA